GGCAAAAAUGCAGAUGGUGGUGCUGGAAUAAAUCCUGCCCCGAUAAUUGGGGCUUCCGCUUCUGUUUUGCUCGCGCUCGCAGGGUUUGACAAUAUGUCGGGGGAAUCGGGGGACUUGGACGAAAUUUCCCGGCAGAAGCGCAGUUGCGUUUUGGCGAUCUCGCUGUUACGGAUUUUUCUCACCAACUCGCCGGACAUGUGCUCGGGGGCGGUUUUCGAGGAAGGCGUGGAUAUUCUGCUCCGGGGGAUUGAGGAGACGCACGAGGGGCAGCAGUGGUUAUUGAGGAAUGAGCAGCCGUCGCUGAUCAUUUUGCAGACCAUGGAGCUGCUGAUCAGAGAAGGAAAAGAAGUCUCCAGGCGAUUCCUCCGGCAGCAACACGAAACCGCGGAUAGACUAGUCCACAAGUGCGAGCAGUUGCUGACCGUGAAGGAAGCGGACACCCGGGUUUUUUCCUCGAUUUUGAACAUCGUGGAACUGUUUUACGCAGAUCACGACGCAACUUCGCAAACCAACACUUCCUGCACUUUCGGUCGCUUCGACGACACGAGACGGUUCUGUUUGCGCUUCGUCCCCAUGCUGUCCAAGAAAACGGGCGUGUUCCGCAGCGGUGAUGACCUCUUGCUGCGGUCUGUGCACCUCCUGUCGAAACUGGUGGCCGGCAUGCCGAAAGGCGGGGUGGGCGGAACUCUCGAAGGUAGUGGAACAGCGGUUGCUCGCAAAGACAGCCUGGGCAGCACCUACUCCUCCGACGUCAAUAUGCAGAGUGAGGAAGACAACAGUGCCUUUCACCGAGGCAGGGCUUCGAGCAACGACAGCGUCACCGUUGCGGGGAUCAAUUCUUCCACCAGGUUUGCUGCGCCAACUGCCGACGAGAAAACCGUGUUUGCGUAUGUCUUGGGGGGGAAGUACUACAAAGAGUUUUGCCAAACAGCAAAGACGAAAAGCAGUUCGUCCUCAUCUACAGCUGCUCGCAUCACCAAAACCGCUUCGGACGUUCCCGCUUACGAGUGGUGGUUUCACAUGGUGUUUGACGAAACACUUCCCGAAGAACUGCGGUUCGUCGUGCUAGAGAAGCUGGUGGUCCGGUUUGACCUCCCAGCCGAGUAUCUGGCGGACACGUUCACAAAUUCCAGCGGAACGGCAGUCGACGGCGUCGUCGUCACGCCCUGCGGGAAACAGGUGAUCCGCGUUCUGUCGGAUUUGGAGCGCUGCGACAUGGAUGUCUGGUUUCGAAGCACGCACAAUUGCUACUUUGCGGUGGAGUGGCUCAGCUAUUUGACCGCGAUUGUCGGGAAGACGCAGUUACAAGAGGUGAGGAAGAAGUUUUUUGGGUUAUUAACGAACCGAGGAAAGUUGAUCGACAAGGUAACCGCGAGUCUGCGGUGGUCCAAGUGCAUCGCAAAUGAUGCGGAGUUUCCGGAGAAAAGGUUCCCGCUUAUAGCGUCGACCAGCGAAGGUGCUUCCGGGAGCAAGGGAAGUGCGGGCUCGGCACAGUCUCAGGGUCCGGGUACUAUCAAAAGUGCGAAUGCGACGACUGUAUCUGCUGCUGCAGCAGCCACGUCCUCCGGAAUUAAAACCCGUGACUUCUCUUCCCUGAUCCAGCAACAGGAGAAGAAUUCCGCCCAGGUUUUGUCCCACGAAGAGAAAGAGGAACUUCACAGCUCCCAAACGCUCUUCGUGUUGCACAACGUGUUGAAGUUUCUGUUUUUGAUCACCAGGAUGAGUAGCACGACCUACAGCCAGGCCGAACAGCAUCAAGGAAAUCAACAACCCUCUUCACUGAUGCCCUUGAUUCGCGAAAUAACCAACUCCAGCCUCCACCUAAAUGCGAUUCUCGGCAUUCUGCGGAAGGAAACUUUUCCUGACCGAUUCCGGUCCGCCUCUGCCGUCGUCCUCGGGCUGAUAGUUUGCCACUUAUCCAGCCCCGGUACAGCAGCAGCCGGGCAAACGGAGAGUGGAGCGGUCACGGGGAGGCAGUUGAUGGAGCUGAUUACGACGAAAGUCGGGCUGGAAGAUUUCAACCACUUUCUGCGCAAGUUUGCACAAGGCAAAAGUCAGGCUUUGUUCGACAACGCUGCAAGCGUGGAAAUCUCAAUAUCUGGUUCAUCCAAAGGAUCAUCAGCAGCGGGAAACAAGUCCAGUGCGGCGACGCCAGAGAUGCUGAGAGAAACGUCACCCGGAGCGCUAGUGCGCGUGAUCGAUGAUAUCAGUCGGGCGAUGGUUGCUGUCUUCAUCAACGACGACGAGGACACUAGUACAACCGGUCAAAAUGCAGCCGAUGAGAAGCAGGACAAGAACUCUAAGAAUCAAUCUGCCACAGCCACUACAACCUCCUCCUCCAGCUUCGGCUUCGCGAGCGCAACGGCCAUGACCACUGCGCAGCAAGGUCCAGGGAACAAAGUAACGCAGAAUCUACUGAAGAUGCAAGAGCAGGAGUUGAAUCGGUUUGCUGAGGAAAACCGGCAACUGAAGCAGGAAAUCGCGAAACUGCAAAAGACCCAAGUCGACCGCGAGAAACUGAGCUUGAGUUUGGAAAUUGACGCGCUACGGGGCCAAACGCGGAAUCUGCAGGCGCAAUGCGAUUUGCAUUUACUCGGUUACUGGAAAUUGGAGCAGGAGUUGUUGGAACGGAAACGAGACGCCCGGUUGCGCGAGUCGGAACUGACGGAGCACAUACAGAUUCUCUGUGUCGAAGUGGAGCAGCUCCGGCGAGACCUGUUGGAGCAAAACGUGGACGAAAUCAGCAGCAUUCUAACCCCAAUGAGCACGAGCGCGAACAGGAGCAGCGCUUCGCUGCUGAGCUUCGCCGCGAAUCACGCAUCGUCCGGGAGCACGAAGCAGAGGAUGAAAGUCGCAAAAAUUAUGCGAGGAGAUGCAGAUACUACGACUGGAACAUCAUCAAACGAGAAGACACAGCACUUGGGAUCGACGUCUGACCUACUUGGUGUUCGUCCCGUGUCGUUUACUUCCAACGGGACAGACGACGAAACUGUUGAAUUCGAUGUUGCAGACCGUGUGAGGACGUCAAGUCAUGAAUUAGCUGGUGCCCACCACCUUUUAAACCAACCUCGGGCGGAAGGCGAAGGUGGCGCACCCAGCAAGACCUCGGUGAGCUCCGCCAACGACAGGACUAGGCCAAAAGGCGGAAUGACAAUCGAUACCACUAGCGAGAUGGUGGACAACACGCCCGCUGGGCCACUGUCAUCCCGCACGAUCGAGGAACUUCGGACCGCCACGCCACUAAACGCUCUCUCUGAGGAGGAGGUCGAGUCGCGGCUUUGCGAAUUGCGGGACUUGAUUACCCUCCUCCACGACGAAGUUCCGGAGACGAGAAAGUACAUGGCGCCGGUAGAGGAGGAGGCGAUCCGGGCGAUCGCGGGUAUGGCAGAUCGCAAGUACCACACGACUUUGGGAAAUUUGUUCCAGGUCGCGCAGAAGGACAGCAGCGAGCUGAUGCGGCAAUUGCUCGCGGGCGGAGUGGAGAAGUGCAGCAUUUCCGAAAGAGAGGAAUUCUUGUUAUCAAGCUUCUUCAAAGAUCUGUUCGACAAAACGAAACUGGACAGAAAAACGCUGCAGCACGUCUCAGAAGUGAUGAUCCCUCAGUCGAGCCUCAGCAAGGUCACCGCGGGGUCGGGCGGUGGGGCUUCGUCAAGUACUAAAGGCGGGUCAAAGUCCGCGUCCCCGUCAAAGGACGUCGCUGGGGCUGGACAGGUGUCGUUGCUGCAGGAAACGACGGAAAGGAAAAUCGACGAAGAUGACGAGCAGAACAACGACGUUACAUCCGGGAGCGACAGCACCACGCACCAGCGAGGCGAUCAGUCUGCAGCCGCAGAAGGAGAUCUACUACUUCAGAAGACCACGAGCAAGCAACGACCUGUAGUCACUACUACUGGUGGCACGCUUGGUGGGUUGAGCCUAUCCUCGGCGUCAUCCGCGCAGAAGAAGAUCACAACUGCGGACGCAAGUUCGACCGAAGAUAAAUUCGGUCCGUCGUCAAGAGCUGCUACCACUGAUCAUGAAGAUCCCCUGCUCGCCGCGAUUUUAGAGCCUGAAAGAAAGAGAAUCGUGGAACAACCACUGGUGGCGACAGCUGCAGUACAAGCGAGGGAACUACAGCACAAAGAAGGUCCUCCUGACAGCGCAGUUGCAGCCGCUCCCGGUAUUCUACAGGUGCCUGGUCUUGUAGUGCCCCCCGCAGCAGCAGCAGCUGCUGCUUCAACCGACGAACUGACGACCUCUGCUUGUGUUUCGGCCUCCACAUCGAAAACGAAAACGAAAACGCCAGAUGACGACCAAAGGAUUGCAAUGGCGUCGACGCAGGCAGCCUUCGCUCAGCAAAUACACCAGAGUCGUGCCGACAUGCAGCAGCUACAACAACCACAGCAAUUAUCGCAGCAGCAGGAGACGAUGCGGAAUGCACCAGCGUACGGAUCUUACCAACAGCCUGUACUAGCAGAUGCAACGCCAUCGUAUACAGCGACAAAUCAAAGCAACCAUGCGAAUUCUGUCGGGCAGACCGGGUACGCGAGCGCGACAGCCGCGACUUCCACGGUUCCGUUUCACCAGCAGUACGAUCAUAUGCAACCGGCGACGUCCUCUGACAUGGUUCACCUUCCGUCUUCUGUGCCUCAAAAUAUUACCGGUGGAACUACCGCUUUUUCGACUCUAUCUUCUUCGCUUCCCGCUCCAGCGUCGAUGCUAACGUCUUCUCAGGCAGCAGGCACCUACGGCUACGGACAGCAAGCCCAGGCUCAGGUCCAGAGCCACGGUAGUAGUUCGUACGCCAAUGCUUCAUCCCUCCUAACUGAUUCAGGAGCUGCAACGACAUCCUCAUCCUCAUCUCAGCCGCAAGCACAGCAAGGGGUAGGGGUGUCUACCACGGCGUCGUCUUUACAGCAACAGGUCGUCGGCAUGGAUACUACGCAAAGGUAUCAGCAGCAGCAGCAUUAUUCGACCAGUGGACCAGCAUCUUCGGCAUCUUCGGCGAACGCAACCUUUCAUAACUACCAAGUAGGCGAUUCCUAUAGUAAGAGUACAGCAACCCAUAGUAAUCAGUACGUUGCACCACAGUCGCAGCCGCAACCACAGCAAAGUUUCACCUCUGAUCCAACCCAGCACCUCCUGGAGACUUCCGACAGAAGAGCGGCGGAGUAUUUAGCGACACACGCACAACCAACAGCCACAGCGCAGACCAAUCAUCUGCAAGAAGAGCAGCGUACGCAGCAUGCGCAACCAACUGCACAGCCGGAACAUCAAGUUGAGGUUGCUGCACAGCAAGACUCUGCACCCGAACAGCAGCUGCAGCCGGGCUGGGGGAAGUACGCGACCGAAGACGGGGAUUUUUACUACUUUAAUACGCUCACGGGCGAAAGUAGCUGGGAUCCUCCUCCAGGGUUCGUGGGCUGAAAAGCAUAUAUGUCGGAGCAGUCUCCUGAAAUUUAUUCGUACGACCAGCGACCUCCAUAUCUGUACCACUACAAACAAAUCAAUGACAGCGCAUUCGCAAAAUGACGACCAAGCGACAAAAUCAAAUCAU